AUGGCUAACAUACCACCUUACAAUAGCAGCUCUGGGCCACCGAAUACGACUUUAGGGCCAUAUCAGUUCAAUCAAGUGCCACCUAACCAAUUUACGGGAUCUAUAAAACAUGAUGCUAACUCGAAUAUGCCUGUACCACCUCCUGCAUUUAAUAAUCAGGCCAACCAUUACAGCCAAAGUGCAAGUAGCUCACCAGCUUUUAACAAUCCAAUGAUGAUGCCUCCUCAGAACAUGCAAUCGUCGCCUAUGAGGCCCCCCAUCAAACCAUUAACAAAUCAAAGUCCAAUACCAAACCUCCAGAACAUUCCAUCCAGUUCAGCCAGUCCUCAUCCAAUGUAUAACACUAAUAAUCCUUCUCCAUACCCUCCCAAUCACCAUUCACAGCAAAUCAAUGAUAAUGCUCCACCCCUAAUAUCUUCUAGUCAAUAUAAUCAACCGACAAAUGGCCCAAAUCCUACAAGGCUGCCAGUUAGUCAAUAUCCACCAUCUUCAGCAUCAUUCCCACCUCCAAUAAAUCAAAGACCACCAUUUCCUCCAUUAAGCCAGCCAGUUCCAUUUGGUAAUCAAAUGGUAGGGCCUCCAAGGAGCAAUCCUAUGGUGCCAGGUAAUUCAACAUUGGGUCCCAACAUGAUGGCACCACAAUUAGGGCCUUCAAGAAAUAAUGCAAUGAAUGGCCCAGCUACAGGUCCACCUCUUACAUCGUUACCUGGCCCAAAUCAAACAAGUGGACCCCCAUCGCUACCAUUGGGUCCAAUGCCUCCCAUGAGGCCACCAACAAACCAGCCUAUGACUAUGGGACCACCGACUCAAGCUAUGGGCUAUUCUAAUAAUUUAAGUGGGCCUCAAAGCUUACCACCAUUGUCAUCACAACAACCAAUUCCUGGACAACCUCCUAUGCCUGGAGCUAUGCCAGGUCCACCAAAGCCAAAUAUACAAAGCCGAUAUCCUCAGAUGCCUCCCAGUAACUACCAGCAAGGGCCCCCAAGCCAGGGAAUGCCACCUCAAAUACCCCAACAAGCCAUGUACCCACAAAUGAACAAAAUGCCAGGGUUGACUCAGCAAAUGGGGCAAUUAAAUGUUACUCAGCAGGGCUUUGACCAACUAUGGGGUCAACAAAUGGUGGAUCUAAUGCAGACUAAGCAUAUUCUUUCUGAAUAUCCUGAAGAUCCACCGGAAAUCAGACUAGGUCCUAACUUUGCCGAUGCUCCUAAUUGUAGUCCUGAAAUAUUCCGGUGUACAAUUAACAAGAUACCUGACACGAAUACAUUACUACAGAAGUCUAGACUGCCUUUGGGUAUUUUAAUACACCCUUUCAAGGAUUUGAAUUACUUACCAGUCAUACAAUGUACGACGAUAGUGCGUUGCCGCGCGUGUCGCACUUACAUCAAUCCGUUUGUAUACUUUGUCGAUGGAAAGCGGUGGAAAUGCAAUCUGUGUUAUCGGGUCAAUGAUUUGCCGGAAGAGUUCCAAUACGACCCAGUGAGCAAGUCGUAUGGAGAUCCAACUCGUCGGCCCGAAAUCAAAUCUGCAACUAUAGAGUUCAUUGCACCCAGCGAAUACAUGCUGCGUCCCCCGCAGCCGGCUGUUUAUCUGUUCCUGCUUGACGUCUCGCAGAUCGCCAGGGAGUCUGGAUAUUUAGAACUGGUCUGUGGAAUAAUUAAAGAGCAUCUGGAACAGUUGCCCGGUGAUGCGCGUACGCAGAUCGGCUUCAUAUGCUACGACGCGCACAUACACUAUUACGUGAUCAGCGACGGACUCACUAGACCCCAAGAGUUGACCGUUUUGGAUAUUGAUGAUGUGUUCCUCCCAUCACCCGAGUCGUUGUUGGUGAACGUGGGCGAGCAGCGGGAUAUGGUGCGCGAGCUGCUCACUCAGAUCCCCAGGAGACACUCCGUGCCUGGGUCACCUGCUUCCGCCCUCGGUGCUGCAUUGCAGGCUGCUUAUAAACUUAUGUCACCGACCGGAGGCAGGAUCACAGUGUUCCAGACAUGUUUACCAAAUAUCGGACCUGGAGCUUUACAAUCCAGAGAGGACCCCAACGCUCGGUCAUCAAAAGAAGUUGCACAUUUGAAUCCAGCCACAGAUUUCUACAAGCGGCUCGCGUUGGAUUGCAGCGGGGCGCAGAUUGCAGUGGAUCUGUUCCUUCUGAGCUCGCAGUAUUGUGAUUUGGCAACACUCAGUGGUAUGAGCAAAUUCAGCGGGGGCUCAGUUUACCACAUCCCGGUGUUCAACGCGUCCAGGCCAAGGCAGGCUGCGCACCUUAGGAAUAUGUUCACGAGAUAUCUUACAAGGAAGAUCGGCUUCGAAGCUGUUAUGAGGGUACGGUGUUCUAGGGGUAUAACGAUACACACAUUCCACGGAAACUUCUUCGUGCGUUCGACGGAUCUGCUCUCGUUGCCCAACGUGUCCCCGGAUGCUGGUUUCGGGAUGCAGCUGACCAUCGAGGAGUCCCUGUCCGACCUGCAGCAGGUCUGCUUCCAGGCUGCCUUGCUCUAUACUAGCAGUAAAGGUGAAAGAAGAAUACGAGUUCACACGAUGGCUCUACCAAUAGCGACCACUCUCAGUGACGUACUCCACGCCGCAGACCAGACCUGUAUUGUGGGACUUCUCAGCAAAAUGGCCGUGGAUCGUUGCGUGACAGCCUCGAUGUCUGAAGCGAAGGAGGCCCUCAUAAAUGUGGCGAUCGAUGUGUUGUCGGCUCAUAAGCUGUCUCAAAACCUUCCAGCGGGACCGGCUUCCAGCUCACUUAUGGCACCUAUGUCGUUGCGGUUGCUGCCUAUGUAUUUAUUGGCCUUGAUGAAAACGAAAGCAUUACGUACGGGCACGUCUACGCGGUUAGACGAGCGCGUUGCCGCCAUGUGCGAUCUCAAAUGUCAGCCUCUCGCCCUGUUAUUACGGACGGUUUACCCGGAUUUAUACCCGAUACAUACGUUGGAACAGCACACGCAUAAAGAUGAAGUAGAAGAAGAGGAAGUUAAUCCUGACCCUCCAAGAUUGCAGCUUACUUCGGAGAGAAUUAACUUAAAUGGCGCAUAUCUCCUAGACGACGGAGAAACAAUGGUGAUCUACGUUUGUAACGCGGUCAGCCCCGCCUUCCUCUCUGAGAUCUUCGGAGUAGCGGCAUUCUCUCAACUGCCGGAUGAAGCCACCACUUUGCCUCAUUUAGACAAUAAAAGCAAUGCUCUUUUACACGCCUUCAUAGACAAACUCAACGAUGACAGACCUUACCCAUCCAAUUUAAUUAUACUCAGAGAUAACUCGCCAACUCGGACGAAAUUCACCGAGCGUCUGAUAGAAGACAGAGUAGAGUCAGCCUUCUCAUACUACGAGUUCUUGCAACAUGUCAAAAGUCAAGUGAAGUGA